AUGGAUCUUCCCGAUGACGUUAUAUUGGAGAUUUUGAUUCGUUUCUCUGUCAACCAAGCAGGUAAAAUUCAAACCCUUUCUAAAUUUUAUAACAAAACUAGCUACAGUUUUUGUUAUAAAACAUUGAUAUCCGAAAACCAUAGUCAACCCAUCUUAGAUGGCUUCCUCCUUCAAUCUCCCAAAUCCAAAUCCAAUGCCCACCUACUGUCCUUUGUUUCUCCACACCCCAACAACAAUUCUCCACCCUUGAAUUUGUCUUUGAAUUUCCUCCCCGGUCUCAAUCCUCAAAUUCGAGCUGUUGCUCCAAAUGGUCUUCUCUUAUGCGAAACCCAACACUCAAUUCGGCACAAUAAACGUCUUAUCUACACAAUUACUAAACUUUCUACGCAGCAAUGGAAAGGACUUCCUAUUCCCAAGACUCGGUAUUUUACUAGCAAUAUAGCCAUGUAUGUUCUUCGUUCAAAUCCUCUCCACUUUAAAAUCUUACGGUUAUCCAGUGAUAAAAUUCCUUCUAAACGCCCUUUGCCGUUUUGCUACACUAUAUGUGAGGUUUUUGAUUCGGAAUCUUGGAGGUGGAAACAGUUGGACGAUAUUGUACAUUACUACUGUGGUAAUACAGAAUAUGUUGAUUCUCAGCGUGCUCCUGUGUUUGCUUAUGGAUUAGCUCAUUGGAAAUUUAGAGAUGAUACUUCCAUCUUCGCUUUUGAUUUCUACUCUGAGACUUGGUCUAAAAUUGCAAUGCCAGAGACUAUUGUUAAUGAUAAAAACAAUAGUAGUUCUAGUCAUUUUCAGAGAUGGCAUAUCGAGCUUGUGGAGUAUGAAGGAAAGUUGGGUGUCGUACGAGAGUUCCAUAAACCUACCGUCUUUACCGAGCUAUGGGUGAUGGAGAAUUACGGCAAGAAAAAAAUGUGGAUGAAAAAGUUAGAUUCUUCGGGGUCAAUGCCUACGACUUUUUAUGGAUCGGAUAUUCAGAUGAUGUAG